AUGCUGUCCCCGUUCUCCCCCCUCCCGAACUACAUCCUCGGCACGGGCCUGACCUUCGUCGGCCUCCUCGGCUUCAUCAAGCCCCUGGCCGUCUACGACGCCUUCGGCAUCCAGCGGCCGCUCUCCGCGCAGGCGGACCCCUUCAGCUACGCCAAGGCCGGGCGCGACCUGGCGACCGGGCUCCUGUUCGUCGCGUUGGAGACGUAUCAGGAGGGCAGCGGCAACGAGGACGCGGUGACGAUGUUGUGGGCCACGACGGCGCUGGUCGGGCUGGUCGACUGGUGGGUUGUCCGCAGCAUGGGGGGCAAGGAGCUGAGGAGCAAGAGUUACGUGCAUCUGGGGAGCGGUGCGCUCUGUGCGCUCUUUGCGGGCUGGAGGUUGAUGUAUUGA